AUGGGCAGACAAAAGACAGCAGCGGGGGCGGAGUUGUGGCGCGGCGAGGAUCUCUGGUGCCCGCAUCAGGAAAUUGCAGGCUACUUGCGCAUCAGAGGUCGUGAGUCAGAGUGCAAGGAUCCUGAUUAUGACAGAAGCUAUGACAGUCUUCUUAGCCGUGCACUUUCGAAUAAAUCUGCAAUUUUGGAUCGUAUCAGAGAUGCAGUGUUUAAGAAACAAUCAGAUGUCGAGUAUCAGAAAAAUUCAGAAUACCAUCCACUAGAACGCCUGGACAGCAGUGAUUUACGCAUACAACUUGCUGCUGCUAAAAAGUUUCUUUUAGGACCAGAAGCCACCGUUGACUCACCAUCUUUGAACUCUAUGCUGAGAAAUAGAGCGAACUGUGUAACUGAUACCAUUUCAGCUUAUGACAGUAGAUUUGGAAGCUCUCUGAACCCAGAUUGGCAAACAAAAACAACAUUAACAUUUCAAAGCAAUUCUCAGGGCUCUGAAAUAACGGAGUUGUUUGACCAUGGUCAUUUUGAACCCUACUCCAGAGAAGAUACAACAUUUGCUUUAGGACAGACAAACAAGUUUAACAUUCGUGAGACCUCUCCAGAAUGGGCAUUUUCAUAUGAGAUCACCAAGGUCAUCAUUACUGGAGAUUUUCUAUGUAAUCCAUCGAAUUUGGGUUGGGCUGUGAUGUUUGGUGAUAGUGAGGUACCUGCUAAAGUAGUCCAGCCAGGUGUUCUCCUCUGCCACACGCCACUGCAUAGCAGUGGAAAUCUUAGAAUCUGCAUUACUUCGGGAAACAGAGAAGUUUGCAGUGAAUUCAAAGACUUUGAGUUCCACUCAAAACCCUCUUCUAGUUUCACAGACAUCGCACCAUCUUCUAGACAUCUGAAAUCCAGUGAAGAGUUACUAAUUCUUGCAAAAUUUGCUAGAAUGCUUUUGUCUGGAAAUGGAGACCUUGAAGUUCCAGAUGGUGAUCCCCAAUCUGGACAGUGUCCAAAACUUAAGAUGGGUGAAGGGCUCUGGGAUAGGUUGAUUGAAGAACUCAAAGUAGGGUGUGAAAGUCCAUUAAGCUCGAUUGAUUGGAUUUUGGAGGAACUGCUGAAAAGUAAAUUACAAAAGUGGUUAUCUGUGAAGCUCAGAGGAUUCAAUGGAACAGAUUCUAUAUCCAAGCAUGACCAGGGUAUUAUACACUUAAUCUCUGCCCUAGGCUAUGAGUGGGCAUUGUCUUCAGUUCUCAGUGUUGGUCUAAAUUUUCGUGAUUCAAAUGGAUGGACUGCUCUUCAUUGGGCUGCUUAUUUUGGAAGGUAAUCAAAGUUUAUAUCAUAGAGCUG